CAAGGACUAAACACGGAGGGUGACAACACUCUACUACCCUUCAGGAUGAAGAUAGAUACUGUGGUUCUGCUGCUCUGUCUGUCUGUGACACAGGCCCAGGGAGACCUCACAGGGGGCCCAGAGAACGACACCAAGAACAGUCUUGGUGAACCACAAACAGGAGGCUGCGUGAGCGAUGGUGCCAUCCUGACUGAACUGAGGGCUCUGAGAGACAUGGUGGUGGAACAGAAGGACCAGCUGUCGGUCUACAAGGACCAGCUGUCGGUCACCCAGAGACACGUUGAAGAGAUGAGAAGAGACAACGCAGGCUGCGUGAGCGAUGGUGCCAUCCUGACUGAACUGAGGGCUCUGAGAGACAUGGUGGUGGAACAGAAGGUGGAGCUGACAAACAUGGAGGCCAGGAUGACAGCUAGUCAGGGUCAAGGGGAGGAACUGAAGAGAGAGGUGGUGGACCAGAGGGUCCAGCUGAGCGUCACCCAGACUCAGUUACAGUUCUACAAGGACCAGCUGUCGGUCACCCAGAGUCACGUGGAAGAGAUGAGAAGAGACAACGCAGCUCAGGCAGCAGAUCUUGUCACCCUGAAGGCCAGGCUGACGGCCAGUGAAGGAGAGGUCAAAGAUCUACACACAGAGAACUCAGCCCUGGAAGCCAGAGUAAGUCUCAGUGAACACCACGUGGAAGAACUGAAGGCAGAGAAUGAGGGCAGACCAAAAGUGGCAUUCUACACGGCUCUAAUUAAUUCAGGAACUGUUGGGCCCUUCAACACUGAAACACCACUGGUCUAUAGCAAAGUCUUCACCAACAUAGGCAACGCCUACAGCCCAGUAACAGGUGUGUUCACAGCACCAGUGAGAGGAGUGUACUACUUCAGGUUUACUGCUGCAGACCUCCGUAGUUCUGGAAGAAUAGGAAUUCAAAUGUACAAGAACGACCUCCAGAUCAUGUUCAACCUUGCCAUUAACGACAGUAAUUUUAGAUAUGCGGUAAAUGCUGUCACUCUGGAGCUGGAGCAGGGAGAUAUGAUUAUGAUGCGUCUUCCAUCAGGCUACGGCCUGUUUGAUGAUAGUAACAACCAUAACACCUUCAGUGGUUUCCUUCUCUUCCCCAUGUAAAACACUCUGCCCAGGCUCAUGAUCCAGAGUCUAAUAAAGGUGACAUUCC